AUGUCGUCGAUUUCGAAUUUUCCCAGAGGUCGACCAUCUGGAAAUUGGCUAACGAGGAUAUUCCCCCCAAUAACGUCUAGAACGAUCGUAGGGCAUUACAUUCCUGUUUCUGGAGCGAUUUCGCAUACACUUUUCUCUAUUCACAUCUUUAACCCAGCAAUUGUUACGAAGUAUUUCCCAGUUGGCGAGCUUGCCGUUUCGAAUACGAUUCUUUUCAACGCAAAUAUUGGAAUUGGUUUCUAUAUUUUCUUUCGACAACACAUGUCCAAGCUAAGCUCAUGGCAACGGGUCGAGUUUUCGGUGUUUGCCUCUACAAUGUUCAACUUUGGUUCAUUACUGACAGCCGUUCUCGUCAAAGCACUACUACCAACAAAAACAGCAGCCUGGAUCAAAACUGUGUUGGCCACCUCGUUGAGCUUUCUUCUAUUGAGGACGGGCAAAAAAUAUUUGAAGUACAUUGACCUUCGAUCGGCAAGCUCGCGACGAACGUCUCCGAUCAGGAAUAAUCUUACAGUUCAGCAACCGACCUAUCCACACCUCCUCCAAACCGGUGACAACGGUUUUAUUCAGAUUCCCCCGAAAAGUGUCACCGAAAUAUCCACU